CUCUAUAAAAGAGCUCCACAUGUCUCUGAGGAUCACAUCUGAACCUUGAUUCUGAAAGCUUCAUCUUCACACUGGUUAGAGAUCCUCUGCUAAGAUGCUCCGCAACAUCUUUCUUGUCAGCUUCAUCAUAUAUGCAGUUUGUGCAGCUCAUUGGGAGAUCCGUGAGGUGGACUCUGCUGAGGACCAAGAUGAAGAGAUCUCUGCUGAUGGCAUGACGACACAGCAUUCAUCUAGUGAGUGCAUUAUAUGCAAAUUGAUCGUAAAGGCGGUGAAAACAUUACUCUCCCAUAAACCAACGGUGGAUGAAAUCAAAACCAAGCUGAAAAAGGGCUGUAAUCUAUUAAAUAAGAGGAAAGAUCCAUGCAAGCACUUCAUUGAGAAGCAUAUGAACAAGCUGGUCAAGGCGCUUAAGACAAAAGACUCCCCAAAGAUCAUCUGUUCUAAAAUUCUCAUUUGCGAGUCAGAACCAUAAAGGAGAUCAUUCUUAUACAUGAUCAAGCUCAUGGCAAUUUCUGAAUGAGAAUACAUUACUUUGAAAGCAUUACAGCAGGGUUCCUCAAAUCUUGUCCUGAAGGACCAAUAGACUGCUGAGUUUAGCUCCAACCCUGAUCAGACUCACCUUCCUGUGAUUUUAUAAAGAUCCUGAAGACAGUGAUUAACAUGCUCAAGUGUUUUUGAACAGAGUAGAGCUAAACUCUUGAGGAAAGUGGAUCUUGAGGGCCAAAUUUGGGGAUCCCUGCAUUACAGUGAAAAAAUUUAAUAAAAUAAAAUAUGAAUAAAGCGA